UAACUUUCGGAUUUUGAAAGUUUAUCAAACAAUACAUUCUCCAAACUCUAAAUUUUUUUUAUUUUUUUUUAAAUAUCUAUUAAAUGCACUCUUUUGGCAUUUGGGAAUAACAGUCUUUGUUGCCCAAAAAUUCCAUUUCAAUCAAUUAUAAAUCAGACAGUUUAUGAUUUACUGAAAUUUAGUAACAAGUUUGAUAUUGCUAUUUUUAUUAUUAUAUUUCUAUAGCACAUGAUUAAAGAAUUAAGUAUGCAGUCACAUCAUGACAUUUUAUAUUUUUGCCAAAAAGAAAACAUACAAGAAGUCAAAAAUUUAUUGGAGCAAGGGGUAUGUGUUAAUUUUCAAAAUAGUGAAGGAGAAACACCUCUUCAAGUAGCUGCAGCUAAUGGCUUUUCUCAAAUAGUGAGCUUACUGAUCAGUUAUGGAGCUUUGGUUGAUUUUCCAAAUUCAUAUGGUUGGACGCCUUUAAUUCAUGCAGCUAGACAUGGUCAUUAUGAAACUGUUUCGCUUUUACUGAAAAAAAGGGCCAAAGUCAAUAUUUGUAACAAAUUAGGUUUGAGCCCGGUUGUUGCUGCUGCAUGGAGUGGGGAUUUGAAAACUGUGAAGUUAUUAAUUGAAGCUGGAGCAAUGGUUGACCAUAUUGCAUCUCUAAACCAAAAUACAGAAUGUGAUUUAUCUCCUCUGAUGGCUGCAUCUUUCUGUGGAUAUGAGGAUAUUGUAAUCUAUUUAUUAGAUGAAGGGGCUAAUGUUGAUCAAGUUUCUCCUGUUACUGGUUUAUCACCUUUAAUGCUGGCUGCUUAUGGAGGUCGAAAGAAAAUAGCCCAGAUUAUAGUGGAGAGUGGAUCUGAUACAACUAAAACCGAUAUAUGUAAUCAAUCAGCAAUGGAUUUUGCCAUUACUUGUUUUCAUCAAGAAAUAAUUUUAUUUUUAGAAAGUGUUAUGGUUUCAAAAUAUGCCAAUGAAGGCUCUGAAACAGCAGAUAUUUUUCUAGCAGUAAAGAGUGGUGAUAUUUUAAAAGUCAAGUCUGUUUUAAAGCAAAAUCCUGAGUCAGUGAAUGCUGUUUCUCCCCAUGAUGGCAUGACUCCAUUAAUGCUAGCUGCAAUGUUGGGAUAUAACAACAUUAUUAAUUUGCUAAUAUGUAGUGGUGGAAAAUUAGAUUCUCAGGAUUUAGAAAAUGGUUGGACUGCAUUAAUGUAUGCUAUUUUUCAUAGACGUUCACAAACAGUGGAAUUGCUAUUAAAAAAGGGUGCAUCCAUAGAUUUUCGAGCUUCAAAUGGAUUCACUGCAUUGGAUCUGGCACGCCAUUUAGAUAGUUCUGACGCUAAUAAUAUUGAAAUCUUGGCCUCAAAGUUUCUCUCCACUAAUCUCUCCUCCAGAAAGUUAUCUAUAAAUUCUGCUUCAGAUACUUUAGAUCGGAAGAAAGCUUCAGGCUCUGAAAGGUUUUUCUCUAAAAAAAGUGAAACACAAACUGGUCUUAAAAAUUGGUUUGGUGGUGUUGCCCAGCAUUUCCAACAAAAGAUGCUGACUCGUUUGUCUCCUCGUCAUUCAGACAAAUUCUCCACAUCCGAUGUCUUAGGGUUAGAUGCCACCCUUGUAAAUGAUGUUUUUGAAGAAACAAAAUCUUCUAAUGAAGCAUUAGAAACGGUGAAACAGCAUCCUUUAUCUCCAAAUAAGUAUUUAGCUAACGAAUUGAAAGAACAUAAAAUUGAAGCAAUAAAGCCGCCUCUUCCAUCUCUUGAUUAUUUUAAUCCAAUUACUGUUUCCUCAAGAAGGCGGGAUAAAAGUGUAAAGCUUGGCAGGGACUGUCUGCUAACCCCUAUACUCCUAAAAGACUACAAGAAGAAAGAUCUUUUAGCAUGUUCUGAUAUUGAAUUACAGAAAAAAGAAGAUGGUCCUUUUCAGAAGCUUGAAAGUAUCGAUAUUAAAACAAAUGAAAUUCAUGUUGUAAAGGACCAAACUUCUAUCAUUUCAAAUAUUCCACCAUCCACGAAGAAGUCAAAUGAAAUAGAAUCUUAUACAGGAGAAUUGACUGCUCUUCUUCAAACAGAAUCUCUUCAAAAAUAUGCAGAGAAGUUCCGAGAUCAUGAAGUGGAUAUUGACACUUUGCAAUAUCUGACUAAAGAAGAUUUAACUGACAUUGGAAUUGAAAGUUCGGGAUCUCAGAAGAUAUUGUUAAAAGUUAUUAAUAAAUUACAAAAAUCGCAAAGUGAUAAUUAAACUUCAAGCUUAAUAAAAUACAUUUAUAUGUUUAAUAUAUCUUUCAUUUA